AUGAACAAUAAUGCGAAUGUAAGAACGAAAAAUAUCCAACAGAUCGACUCGAUAUGUUCUUGGUACGGGAGUUGGACGGAGAACGAGCGAAGGCGCUUCUUGGAAGGCCUGGCGAAACUCAUUCGGCCAAGUCUGGAUGACAUUAUGAACUCCUUAGGGGGUAUCAAAAUGACCAACGAGUGGUCUGCGCCAGAUGUCUUUACCUGCCAAAUGAAGCUCCUCCGCGACUGGUGGAACUUAUGGGAUCAGAACGAGCGGCAAGUGUUCGAGGAGCACUUGAAUGAACUUCUCACCGACGAAGACAAACUCUACUUUCGAAACUGUAUCGAAACCAACUAA